UAAAUACGUUCUGUUACAUUUCAACUAAAAGAGAUAGAGGCGUUAUGUUUAGCUUCCGAUCGAAUUUCUUCUACACUGCCUACAUUCUUUUUUUUUGUAUGCCAGCAUGAUCUCCAAGAAGCACUUGGCGUGGCAGAGCCGGAGGACGACCAUGUGGAGAGUAACAAUCAGCACGAGUUGAGUUUCCAAGCUGCCACCACCACACAGCACAGUGAUGUGCGGGAAGCUGAGCCACAGAUGCGUGAUGUUUACGUUCAAACAGUUCCUCACGUACAGAAGUCAAAGGCUGUACAGACAUGCAUCAAGAAUCCAUCUGUUGGGGUCCAGGCCAGCCCAUUAUCUGUUUGUGACAGCUUUGUGCAAACUGAAGACAGGCUGGCAUACAGUGAAGAGGUACCAUCAGAGUUGAGGCCGUUCUGCUCUACGCCGAGACAUGAUAUUGAUGCACCAGGUCUCAAUCUAUACAGGACUGACUACCUCAGUGAUGAGCUGUCCAGCUGUGAUGACUCGGACUCGGAUAUCAUUGACUACACAAAUGACUCGUCAUACGUCUGUGAUGAGCUGAACGAUGAUGACAGUGACCCUGAGCCACCUGUACAGGAAAUGUGUGCUGAAGAUGGGGUGACUACAAAGAAAUACAUUGUUUUUGAAUCCUGCUUGAUGGAACUGUUGAAGCGUUGCCGGGUGUGUGGAGCAUCCGAAAGCAGAGUAGACAUUGCGGCAACAGGAACAAUGAUUUCUGCUACCAUAAAGUGUGCCAAAAACCAUGAAACGAAGUGGUCGAGUCAGCCGAUGGCCAAAGGAAAGGCUCUUGGCAAUUUGUUGUUGUGCUGCGCCAUUCUAUUCACUGGGAGCAGUCCAACCAAAGUGAUUCGCCUGUUGUCAGUUAUGGGAGUGCAGUCACUUCAAAAGACACAGUACUUCCAGUACCAAAGGUGCUACCUACUUCCAGCGGUUGAGCAGGCAUGGCAGUCCCAGCAGAAGUCUGUCAUUGAAGAGGCCAGACACCAGCCACGCUCACUAGCAGGUGAUGGCAGAUGUGACACGCCUGGCCACUCCGCAGACUUUGGCACUUACACGUUGUUGGACACUGAGCUGAACAAAAUAAUGCACACUGAGCUUGUCAAGUCAACAGAAGUUUCUUCAAGCAACAAAAUGGAGAAAGAAGGUCUGGAGAGAGCCCUCGAUCAUCUGAUUGAGCUGGGACUUCACAUCGAUUCCCUGGUGACGGAUCGGCAUUGUGAAAUUAAGGCUUUCAUGAGAACCCAGCACCCAAUGAUAUGCCACUUGUUUGACCUGUGGCAUAUUGCAAAAGGCUUGAAGAAGAAGAUGAUCGCCCUCGGGCGGUUGAAACAACAUGGGACUGUAAUCGGGUGGCGAAAGACCGUAAUUCGGCACCUUUAUUGGUGUGCAGUAAACAGUCAUGGCAAUGAAAAGUUGUUUCUGGCAAGAUGGCUGUCUAUUCUCCGCCACAUCGUGAAUGUGCAUGACCACCCUGACCCGCUCCACCCAUCCUGUUUUCACGGCGAGAUGCCAGAACGUGACUGGCUGGUUGAAGGAUCAGAGUCAUUCCAACGCCUGAAAGCAAUUUUGGCAGCACCACACCUUCUGCGGGACCUUCCCCGGGCAUCACACAAGGCCCAGACGUUUGGCCUAGAGGCCUUUCAUAGCCUGCUCAUCCACUUCGCCCCUAAGAGCAGCAAGUUCACCUACGAAGGCAUGCUGGCAAGAACAAAAAUUGCCGCUCUCCAUUACAACGAGAACAGCGGCAGGGACAUACUCACCGACCCCAGUGGUGCAGAGAGAAUUUCACAGAGAUUCUCUCGAGGGGAAAAAGAAUGGACUGUAGUGCCAGUGAAACAGAAUGCAGGCUACGGGUACAUAUCCGUCCUGUUAACCAACGUGAUGGACUGCCUGGAGAAGUGGCCAUCGUUUUCAACUGCUGAGCAAGCAUCUGUGCGAAGGCAUCACGAGACGCUUUCAUCUAAGUAUGGUCCCAAACCACGAAAGGAAGAGGCAAGGAAGAAGCAGUACUCACGCUUUGCGCCUAAGUGAAACAUCAGUCCUGCUGAGAUCAUAAAUAGCACUAAAAAAGAAAAGGACAGACAUAAGAACAACAACACAUGGCGCUGUGCCAUGUAGUCAUUCUUAUGUCUGUCCUUGUCUUUUUAGCGCUAUAUAGGAUCCCAGUAUGACACAUCAACCAGCCUGAAUUACCACUGUGAUCAAUCCAGCAGCCAGACGCCCCCAUCACUAUUAAACGGCCCUUUUCAGGGCCACCAAAUGGCUGCCUUGGCGGGUGUGAGCAGAGCAUCGAUCCCAUUCUGCCCUCUUGUGCUGUGUGCGUCUUAUUAGCCUCACUGGAUUCAAACAUACAUUUAGUAUUGAGUACAACCAACAGUUUUGUGUUUAUCUAGCUGAUACAACAAUACAUCCAGCCCCACCUUUGUGAACAGUAUGCUGCAGAGCAAGGAAAACAAUCUGCCUGCGUGCUCAAGCAGAUAGGUACGCUAUGUGCACAGACUGGCUUUAGAAGUAUAAUUGCCACAUGCCCAAAGAAUAAAAAAAUAUGAAGUAGUAAUUUUUGUUAAUGGACUAUAUCAUUGGUAAUUUUCAGACAGACCCUGCUGUCUGCCACCGUGAAUAGUAUAAUACUGGAAAGGUCAACUCUAUCUCUAAUGCUCAGCUUUGGUAAUCACAUAAAAUCUUCCCUCAAAUAUUUUGUAUACCUGUGCCUACCUCCAGUGCCUUCUCCCAGUUCCUCAUCUUGGAAAAGUGCUAAGCAGGAAAGUGAUCUUUAUGUGCGAGGCAAUUUAUGCAUUCUCUUGUGUUUGAACUGCAUCAGUAGGUGUGGGUGGCUGGGCUAGUUGGUUGGGAUGAGCAUUAUGAAACAUCGCUCCAGCGCACAAUUAAACACGAACAAAAAGAUAAAGACAACACGAACACCGGACGUCAACUGAAUUUUAUUCACGGAAAAUAGGGCUUUAUGUACACAGGGGGGGGGGGGGGCACUGCAAGUGCACCGAACCACCCAAAAAUAUUUCCUUGGUCCAGGCCACAAUCAUCAGAGACGUCGAUAACCAAAAAAAUUCCUUUUUUUCACUCACUAACACGUUACCACAGGAUCUACCCAGACACAUACCCUAGUAACACUUGCAAGAUCUGUAAGACUCAGCCAGUAUCGCUUCCCCACAUGCUAUGGGAAUGUAAAGACCAAUAUCCGGCAAUUAAUACUGUGACCCUCUCGUCGAGAUGGGCCGCCGCUCUGCGCAGCUCCCACCUCGACGAGCAACUCUGGGCUACCCAGCAAGCCUGCGAGGCGGCGAAGAGGCAAGACCUUGACGUCCCCACGUGGGAGGCCUAGGCCCAGCCAACUAAACUGCUGGUUUCAAUAAAACGUUGUUCCUUCUCCUCACAUCACUCUUGUACAUCUCUCGCCUUACCUAGCUGAUGCAACACAUACGUUUGCCCUGAGAUAAUCAAGUUCUUUUUUCUCGAGCACAACAGAAGGAGCACUGACGCAGUAAUGUUUUUCAUUAGAGAUACAAAGAG